CGGCUGCUCCCCCUCUCCCUGCUGAUCACACCAGUGUUGUCAACUGGCAUUUCUUCUACUCCAAUCCCUCUCCGCGGGUGAAGAAGACUUGGUUCCACUCUCAGUCUGCUUUGCCUACCUUUGGUUCCUGUUCUACUCUCCGCAGUAGUGCUUCCCUGGAUUUGCAUUAUUCUCUAUUAGGUACACAAUCAAAAUUCACCAAGAUGAUUCCAAACGGUUAUUUGAUCUUUGAGGAUGAGAGUUUCCUGGAUUCCACCGUGGCCAAAAUGAACGCUCUGAGAAAGAGUGGUCAGUUCUGUGAUGUCAGACUUCAGGUGUGUGGUCACGAGCUGAUGGCUCACCGUGCUGUGCUGGCUUGCUGCAGUCCCUACCUGUUUGAGAUCUUUAAUAGUGACAUUGAGUCUCAUGGAGUAUCACAUGUCACCUUUGAGGACUUGGACCCAGAGGCUGUGGAGAUCUUGCUCAACUAUGCCUACACUGCCCAACUUAAGGCGGACAAAGAGCUGGUCAAGGAAGUUUAUUCUGCAGCCAAACGGUUCAAGAUGGAGCGAGUCAAACAGAUUUGUGGGGACUACCUGUUGUCUAAGAUGGAUGCCCAGAAUGCCAUUUCCUUUCGGAACUUUGCCAGCUCCAUGGGAGAUGGCAGAGUUUUGGCCAAGGUGGACGCUUUCAUCCAAGACCAUAUGCUGGAAGUGUCCGAACAAGAGGACUUCCUCAAACUCCCCCGCCUCAAGUUAGAAGUAAUGCUAGAAGACAACCUGACCCUGCCCAGCAAUGGCAAGCUCUACUCGAAGGUGCUGAACUGGGUGCAGCGGAGCCUGUGGGAGAAUGGAGACCAACUGGAACGACUGAUGGAGGAGGUGCAAAUGCUGUACUACUCACCUGACCAUAAGCUGGUGGAUGGAGGGCUGGUGAUUGAGGGGCACAGUGAGGUGUUUGGUAGCGAGGAGGACCAACUUCAGUUUGUGCAGAAGAAACCGGUCCGAGAGAGCACCCAGAGGCCGAUGAGCUGCAGCUCCUCAGGAAGCCUGUCGCCCUCCAGCCAAGCAGCGAACGCCCCCAAACCGACCAUCAGGAGAGAGUGGAAGUACAUCGCCUCGGAGAAGACCACAAACAACACCCACCUGUGUCUGGCUGUGCUGGACAGCGUGCUGUGUGUGAUCUUCCUGCACGGCCGCAGCAGCCCUCAGACGUCUCCCUCUGCCACCCCCUGUCUGAUGAAGAGCCUCAGCUUCGAGGCCCAGCCCGAGGAGCUGGAGGAGCAGCCGCUCUCUCCCAUGCAUUACGCUCGCUCGGGCCUGGGCACCGCAGCUCUGAAUGGAAGAGUCAUCGCAGCAGGAGGCUACAACAGGGAGGAGUGUCUGAGGACUGUGGAGUGUUACAACCCCAAAGAGGACCGCUGGACCUUCAUCGCUCCCAUGCGGACUCCGAGGGCUCGAUUCCAGAUGGCUGUUCUCAUGGGUCAGCUGUAUGUGAUCGGAGGUUCCAAUGGACAUUCUGACGAGCUGAGCUCUGGGGAGACGUACGACCCACACGCUGAUGAGUGGGUUCAAGUUCCAGAGCUGAGGACCAACCGCUGCAACGCAGGUGUCUGCUCCUUGAACAACAAACUCUAUGUUGUGGGAGGGUCGGACCCCUGUGGGCAGAAGGGCCUGAAGAACUGUGAUGCAUUUGAACCUGUGACCAAGACCUGGUCCAACUGUGCCUCCCUCAACAUCAGGAGGCACCAGGCAGCAGUGUGUGAGCUGGAGGGCUUCAUGUAUGUGAUCGGUGGAGCGGAGUCGUGGAACUGCCUGAACACUGUGGAACGCUACAACCCCGAGAACAACACCUGGACCCUGAUCGCCCCCAUGAACGUGGCGCGCAGGGGAGCCGCCGUGGCCGUCCAUGAAGGCAAAUUGUUUGUCAUCGGCGGCUUCGAUGGCUCUCACGCUCUCCGCUGCGUGGAGGUGUACGACCCCUCCCGUAACGAGUGGAGGAUGCUGGGUAGCAUGACGUGCUCGCGCAGCAACGCCGGCGUGGCCAUCCUCGGCGAAACCAUCUACGCCGUGGGCGGCUUCAACGGCAACGAGUUCCUCAACUCGAUGGAGGUGUACAACCCGGAGACGGACGAGUGGAACGACUGCGCCAAGACCCUGACUCCCCUCUCCGAGUGAGGGAGGGAGGGAGAGAGAGAGAGAGAGACGGGGGUUGGAGGGUUUCACAGUGCUUCACCUUUUCCCAAACUAACAGGCUUAGUGACGUAAUCGUGUUUCGUGAUGUUCUGUGUGUGUAUGAGUGGAUGG